UUCUGACACUUUCAACAUUUAUUAGACCAUUUCUGUUGGGAUUUCCUUUUCUGAUCUAGACACAACAACAUAUUUGACAUGUUCAUCUGUUUGUGUUUAUGGAGUCUGACUGGUGUGUUUGUUGCUGAUGCAGUGAAGUCAGUGUCAGUGACUGAGGGAGAAUCAGUCUCUCUGAACUCUAGUUUCACUCAAAUACACAGAGAUGAAGAGAUCGAGUGGAAGUUUGGAGACAUUCUCAUAGCUAGUGUAAUGAACAACAAGAGUGUGUUUUAUGAUGAAAGUGCUGAAGGGAGAUUCAGAGACAGACUGAAACUGGAUCAUCAGACUGGAUCUCUGACCAUCAUCAACAGCAGAACCACAGACUCUGGACUUUAUAAUGUCUCCAGCAACAAAAGAGAUGUGUUCAACAAGUUCAGACUUACUGUCUAUGUUCCAGCUCGUCUGCCUGUUCCUGUCAUCAGCAGAGACUCUUCACAAUGUUCAUCAUCAUCAUGUUCAUUGGUGUGUUCAGCGGUGAAUUUGAGUCAUGUGACUCUCUCCUGGUUCAAAGGAAACAGUUCAUUCUCCAGCAUCAGUGCGUCUGAUCUCAGCAUCAGUCUCUCUCUUCCUCUGGAGGUGGAAUAUCAGGAUAAAAACACCUACAGCUGUGUGAUCAACAAUCCCAUCACCCAUCAGACCAGACAUCUCAACAUCACUGAACUCUGUCACACAUGCGCUGCAGGCGUAUCCUCGUUGAUCAUUGGACUGAUCUCUGCUGCUGCUGCUGGAUCUCUGUUGAUUGUAACUGUAGUCGGGAUCUUCUGCAUCUGCAGGAAAACACACCAAGAGGGCAAGUAUUCCUACUGCUGACAUAUCUGUACAAAUACAAGUUUUUAAAGGCACAGUAAGUUUCCCUGCUAGAAGUCAUGACUGUAUGAGAACAGUUGGUGGUAGCUUCUGACUUUCAAGAACUAAUUUCUUAUGCAUCUCAUUAUAAGCCUCCGUUACUAAUUCCAACAUGUAAUUUUAGAGCUAGUAAUGGAGCCAUUGAUGUGCAGACUAAUUUGGUUAUUAUACACCCUUAUCAUAGUAAAUUGUUUUGUAUUGUUUUUUGUUGUUGUUUUGUCUUGGCACAUUUGUAUAAAAAAAAAAAUAAACAUAGUUAAACUAUGGUUAAUUUGCGGUUACCAUCAUUUAAACAUGAUUCAUGUUUUUUUUUAUUAUUAUUAAUUAGUAAAACCAUGGUUCAUAUCUUACACUUCAACCAAUCAGAAUCAAGCAUUCCACAACCCUGUAUUAUAAUAUUAAAAUAAUGAAAUCAGUGCUGCAGAAAAAGCAAUAAUUCUCAAAUUGUCGUUUUUGUUGAAGCAGUUCAGAGUGGUGAAGAAAUCACAUACGCUGAACCGACGUUCUACAAACGAAAAGCACAGAAAUCAGUAUGAACUUUAUUUCUGUGUGUGUGUGUGUGUGUGUGUGUAUUAUUUCAGCUAAAAGUCUGAUCUAGAUGUGUAUUUGUGUGUAUAAGUUAAUAAAUGAUAAAUGUUCAGUAAUGUUCUUGAUGACUACAUCUGUGGUGUGUUUUCUUACAGAGAGCUCAAGAGGAGGAGGAUGUGGUGUACGCAGGAGUCGUCAUGUGACACUGAUAAAAAUGUGCUUCUGUUUAAGGGCUGUUAAAAGGAAAUGAAUGGUUUCAUUCCAGGGCUUCUGAGCAGUGCUUUUGUUUUGUGUAUGUUUGUACUGUUUUCAGAUUCUGUUCUGUUAAUGUGUACAGACAGUUUUGUAUUUCUCUGCUGGAGCCUGAUUGAGCUUCACCUGCUCAGUGAACACGUUCUUUCAUAUCUCUCUCACUGUGAUGUUUUAAAGUGUAAAAUGUUUAUAUGCAGUCAUUUAUUUCAAAAUCUUCAUAAUUUAUUGCUUUGACACGUAUACCCCUUAAUUCCCUUUUUGU